CACUUUGUAUACAGCAGUGGUUGUUUUAAAGUGCUCUACAAAUACAGUUGAGUUGAGAAUAUGUAAACCAUUACGUGAGACCAAUUUGCAACAAGAAUAAAUUAUCUCAAGUCACUUUCCAUACUGUUCCUCAGGGCUCCACAUCUGAAUAACAUUGAUUAUUACUCAUACCAGAGGUAAUCGCAGUAAAAUAAUUUCUGAAUUAUGUAAACAAACUUGUAGUCCUUUUAAAAAAUGUUAAUGAGCCCCUUCAUCACAUCUUAGUAAAAUGUUCUUCUAUGGUUGCCCUCCUGCACAGAUGAACCAGGUGCUCGCAACCUGCUGGAUGUUCCUCCUGCUCUCCACCUUCUUGUGCGAGCCUGUGCUUUGUAAAGGGGGCCGUGGGGGUUCCCGGGGCUCGUCCAGAGGCUCGUCCAGAGGCUCCCCUGCCCGCAACUCCAUAGGGGGCUCGUACCGCGGAGCGGGUGGUUAUGGCGGUCCGCGGUCUCGCUUCAGGGCAGUGGGCCGGACGUCCCCAGUGCGUGUGGCCGCCGCUGCGGCUGCUGGGGCUGCAGUGGCCCUGACCGCGGAUAAAUGGUACGCGUCUGCUUACCGCCGCAGCAACGCCGACUCCGAUGAGGAGCUGGAUUAUUACAACAGGACCGGUUACUUUGAUGCCCAUAUGUCUGGCUCCACAGCGGGAACAUCCUUCUGCCAAAUGUUCUCUAUCACCAUGGCAACACUGUCCUCCAACUAUAUACUUUUGUGGGACUACAUGUUGUAAUGAGCUGUUAAGGAGAAAUGCGCUGGACCUGAUCAAUGCAGGACAGGCUGGAAGCAACUGGAAAGACUGGCGGGAAAACAAAUUUGUGAUCACAAA